AUGUGUGCGGGAUUGUCGAAUCGGAAUGUUCAAAAGGUCUCAGCAGUUGUCUUAACAGUUUCACCGUCAAAGCAACAACCGUCGUCGUCAUCACCUCGUCAGUCCCAAUCCGACCGAUCGUAUUCGUCUUCACUCAACCACAAUUCAUCUAAUCGUCCAGCCUUAAAAUCAACAUCCGAUUUAUUCAACAAUCAGCAGGUGAAUGUUGAUGAUAGACGUCCAAUGAUCAAUGCAAAUCUUUCCAAUGCACAGAUACGUAGUGAUGUAUCACCGAGUCGUGUCGUGCGGUCGUUCAGUGAUGCGGAUCCACUGAGGAAUAUUCCAGAUCAGUCUAAUAAUGCUGAAAUUUGUGCUCUUACGAAGUGGCACAAGAUGGUGCGUUAUUAUCAUAAUUACGAUCAAAUUUCUAACGGAGAUUUUGGUGGGACGAGAUAUUGA